CCGGGCAUCAAGACAAGAGGAGAUUUUCCGCCGGCUCUUUUUCUCUUUGUCUCUCCACCUUCUCGCUGUAGCAACAUCAUGGCUAAUGUCGCCGACACAAAACUAUAUGACCUUCUCGGGGUAUCGCCAUCUGCGUCCGAGAAUGAACUGAAGAAGGCAUACAGGAAACUGGCAAAAGAAUACCACCCAGACAAGAACCCAAAUGCGGGUGACAAGUUCAAAGAAAUUAGCUUUGCCUAUGAUGUGCUGACCAACCCUGAAAAGAAAGACUUGUAUGAUCGCUAUGGAGAACAAGGCUUGCGGGAAGGAGGUGGAGGUGGCCCGGGUAUGGACGACAUCUUCUCCCACAUCUUUGGAGGUGGACUCUUUGGUUUCAUGGGUGGCCAGAGCAGUCGUUCCCGAAAUGGGGGUCGAAGGAGAGGAGAGGAUAUGGUCCAUCCGCUCAAGGUAUCACUGGAAGAUCUUUAUAAUGGAAAAACGACAAAACUGCAACUUAGCAAGAAUGUACUCUGUAGCACUUGUAAUGGGCAAGGUGGUAAGACGGGCGCUGUACAAAAGUGCACAACUUGUAGGGGUCGUGGCAUGCGUGUAGUGAUCAGACAGCUGGCCCCAGGGAUGGUCCAACAGAUGCAGUCGGUGUGUACCGAUUGUAAUGGAGAAGGUGAAGUUAUUAGUGACAAAGACCGGUGUAAAAAAUGUGAAGGCAAGAAGGUUGUGAAGGAGGUGAAGAUUCUGGAGGUGCAUGUGGACAAAGGCAUGAAGCAUGGCCAGAAAAUUACCUUUGGAGGAGAAGCCGACCAGGCACCUGGCGUCGAGCCAGGAGAUAUUGUACUUGUUCUGCAAGAAAAAGAACAUGAGACAUUCAAGCGUGAUGGCAACGACCUCUUUAUGAACCACAAGAUUGGCCUUGUGGAGGCGCUGUGCGGUUUCCAGUUUAUGCUGAAACAUUUAGAUGGCAGACAAAUCGUUGUUAAGUACCCUGCCGGCAAAGUCAUUGAACCAGGCUCAGUGAGGGUGGUGCGAGGAGAAGGCAUGCCACAGUAUCGUAACCCCUUUGAGAAGGGAGAUCUGUAUGUCAAGUUUGAUGUCCAGUUCCCCAGCAACAACUGGAUCAGUCCUGAGAAACUUGCGGAGCUGGAGGACAUGCUGCCCUCACGGUCAGAGCCACCAAUCAUCACUGGAGACACGGAGGAGGUGGACCUGCAGGAUUACGAUGUUAACCAGAGCUCGUCAUCAGGUGGCCGCAGAGAGGCCUACAACGACAGCUCUGAUGAAGAGGGUGGCCACCACGGUCCGGGGGUGCAGUGUGCCCACCAGUAGUCUCAUUCUCUCAUGUGCGCACAAACACAAGACCCUCACCCAGCAAGGCGAGAGAAUGUGAACGCUGCAUAGCAAACAGGGCGAUAGGUCAGAUAGAAACACCGAGUUCACCAGGCACAGAUCAAAGCUACCUACCAUAUGGAGUCGUGUCACCUGAAGUGUUAAUCCUUCUUAUUCUUCCUAUUGUUGACCUGUGUGCUUGAGUUGGUUUGAUCUUGGUCUGAGGAACUCAUUCUUACACUCUGGGCAGCCACAAAGUUUAUCGCACUGCUGCACAGAAAACAGAUUUAGUAAAGCUAAGGGAGAAGUCAUUUAAAAUGCGCAGUCCCCCCCUCCCCCCAAAGCACCUGUAACGUAUCAGAAACAAAUGGUUGCGACAUUCCACGCCACUGUGACCGUGAUCUGGUGUUAAUUCAUCCCUCUGUUCAAGUCCCGCGGAUGAGCAGGGACUCCAGAGCCGUUUAAUGUUAAAGAUCUGUUUCUGAGCUUGUCUGUGUGUCUUGCCUUUUUGUUUUCAUAGUAUUUACAAUAAUUAAUUUAAAAACUAACCAAUGUGCAUACACAGAAAAGCCGCUGAGCAGUGUAUGAAUAACGUGCAGGUCCCUGGACGUAUGUAUUGGAUUAAUUUACUCAGUGUCUUUUGUAAAGGUUUUGAUUUUUACUGCUUUAUUUUCAUUGUAGAUUUUUACUUGUUUUCCUUUAUAUUUUAAGUCCAAGACAGAAAAUUUAGUUGUUAAUGUCAUUGACCUGGUUGUUGGAAAAGUUUCAUCAGCUGCUGUGAAUUAUUUUUUUUCUUUCCCCCCCUCUUCAAAGGAAAAAUGAGAAGUAAGGGGGCACAUUAUAGCUUCAAUCUGUGCUGAAACCAUCUGCAUGUAAAAAGCUUUGGUUCCUGCACUUAACCACCAAACCGGGCAGCAUACUUCUAUGAUACGAAGUUGUUGAAUAAAUUGCUAAACUAUA